AUGGACUACUUAUCGAAUAUAAAUUGGAACAAAGUGACACCAUGCCUUGUUUUAUUAGUGCUAGAAGUAGUUUUAGAAUUUUCAGAGUGCGCAACGCAAGCUGAGGUGAACAAACACCUGGAACUUGGUAGAGACUUCUUGGCUCGUGGUCAGCUCUCGGAUGCACUGACACAUUACCAUGCAGCUGUUGAGGGUGAUCCAAACAACUACCUCACAUAUUUCAAACGUGGCACUGUUUAUUAUGCUUUGGGUAAAGCCAAGUUUGCACUGCAGGAUUUCACAAAGGUGUUGGAGCUAAAGCCUGAUUUUACAUCAGCUCAGUUGCACCGAGCCAAUGUUUAUGUCAAGUUGGCGAAAUACCAGGAGGCAAAGGAGGAUUACCUGCAAGUUACAUACAGUGAUCCGUACAAUGAGGAAGCGGUGGCCCAAUAUCACCGAAUUGACGAGUAUGCAGACGACUUACGGCUGGCCGAAGCUUAUUACCGUGGUGGGGAAUUCCGGGCGGCGGUGGAACUGGCGACGCGUUUGCUAGAAAUUUCGCCCUGGUCUGCACACCUGAGGCAAUUGCGGGCCGAGUGUUAUAUUGCACUGAACGACCUAUUCUCGGCUGUUUCGGACAUCCGGUCCGUGAACAGGUUGCAACAAGACUCGACCGACGGUUACUACCGGCUCGCCACCUUGCUUUACCAACUGGGACAUGUCAGCGACUCACUGAAGGAAAUCCGUGAAUGUCUAAAGUUGGAUCCGGAGCACAAGAAGUGUUUCCCGUUCUACAAGAAAGUGAAGAAAGUGGACAAGCUGUUACUGGACUGCGAACAGUACAGCGAGUCGCGGGAGUACGGCCGAUGUAUCGAAAGUGCCAAUAAACUCCUCACAGUGGAAGAUGAGGUCACACUGGUUGUGUUCGAGGCCAAGCGAUGGCUUUGCAGUUGCUACGCUAAGGACGAGAUGUACACGGAGGCUGUAGCGGCGUGUGGAGCGGCGCUCGCGCUGCAGAAGGACGCGCGGCUGCUGUGCGACCGCGGGGACGCGCUGCUCGGCCUCGAGAUGUACGAUGACGCCAUUCUCUCAUAUAAACAAGCGCUGGAGUUAGAGGAGGGCCUGCAGCGGGCAAAGGACGGUCUCAGCAGAGCACAGAAGCUGCAGAAACAGUCCGAGCAGCGAGACUACUAUAAGAUAUUAGGAGUUAAGAGGUCGGCCAGCAAGCAGGAGAUCACCAAGGCGUACCGCAAGGCCGCACAGAAGUGGCACCCGGACAACUACCACGGAGACGACAAGAAGAUCGCCGAGAAGAAGUUCAUCGACAUCGCAGCUGCCAAGGAGGUGCUGACGGACCCCGAGAAGCGCGCUCAGUUCGACGCGGGCAACGACCCGCUGGAUCCCGAGGCACAACGCGGAGGACAACCCUUCCACAGCCCCUUCCACCACUUCCAGCACGGCAGUCCCUUCCAGUUCAAGUUCCACUUCAACUGA